GCAACAAAAGCAGUACCUAGCGCAGCCUGAGCUCACAGUAGCUAUUUAAGUGGAGAGGAAACCCCAUUCUAGCCUCUAACUUCAAACUGUUACUUGAAGAGAUGUCGCUAAUAUCUCUCCGUUUUAUUUUAUUUUCAUAUGAAGUGCUAUGAUCCAAACCUUCACAUCAGCUCACCCUGCCAACUUUGCACUCACUUGAACGACAGCUUUGCAGGUGCCUAUAAUUGCCGAGGAAACCACAUUGAGACCUUAAAUCCUAACUCACAGGAUGAAUCCACAGAGCUCCAAGAAAGCCCUGGAUGGUGGCUGGGGAUGGGUCAUCGUGCUGGUGUCCUUCAUGGCCCAGUUUCUUGCCUACGGGUCCCCCCAGUCUGUGGGAGUCCUCUACCCAGAGUGGCUCGACGCUUUCCAGGAGGGCAAAGGACUGACUGCAUGGGUUGGGUCUCUGGUGUCUGGUGUCGGACUGAUUGCCAGUCCCAUCUGUAGUGCCUGCGUGAUCAACUUCGGCGCCAGACCUGUCACAAUCUUCAGUGGGGUGAUGGUGGCCGGAGGUCUCAUGCUCAGUGCUUUCGCACCCAACGUCCCAUUUCUCAUCUUCUCCUACGGAAUAGUUGUCGGGUUGGGCUGUGGGUUGGUGUAUGCUGCUACGGUGACCAUCACCUGCCAGUAUUUCGACAAGAGACGUGGCCUGGCACUCGGAAUAGUCACAACAGGUACAAGUGUUGGAGGUUUCCUGUACGCCACGGCCCAGAACGAGCUCAUCGAGCUCUUCGGACUGGAUGGGUGCUUGCUGAUCGUCGGUGCCCUCGCUCUGAACCUCAUAGCCUGCGCUGGACCAAUGCGGCCCCUGCACCUGCCAGGCUACUACCUCAAACAGAAAGCGGCGUACGAGAGAGCCGAGGAGCAGCACUUCUCACAGUCCGAGAAGCCCCCCGUCACUGAGGACCCCAUCAAGACCACCACGGGCACUGCCGAAAAAGGCCCGACUGUCAAUGACCUGCUGAUCACCGUGGAUGCCAAAGACGCGCUGGCCUACGAGAAGACCUUCCUGAGCAGCCUGUCCCUGGUGAAGAUAAUCAAGAAGAAGCAGAAGGCCUACGCCAAGUACUUCCACACCACGGCCGAGUUCCUCCACGACCGCGUCUUCACGUCUCUCUGCAUUGCCCUCUUCCUCUUUAGCCUGGGGGCGUUCCCACCUGUGCUCUUCAUGGAGGACGUGGCCCAGAGCGAGGGGCUCAUCGAUGGCGUCAGCAUCAUACCCCUGGUCUCCAUUGUUGCCAUCACCACCGGGCUGGGCAAACUGGUGCUGGGCAUAAUGGCCGACAUGCGUUGGAUCAACAGCCUCUACCUCUACACCUUCACCCUGGUUGGCACAGGCGUGGCCCUGCUGGUCAUUCCCGUGUCCAAGACCUACGUCGGUCUUCAGAUCCUCUCAGCGGUGGUGGGAUUCUUCUCUGGGAACUGGUCCAUCACGCCCUACGUCACUACCAAAAUCGUCGGCAUCGAGUCCCUGACCCAAGCCUAUGGGAUCUUGAUGUUCUUUGGCGGUUUCGGAAUUAUGCUUGGACCUCCAGUUGUAGGCUGGUUCUACGACUGGACACAGUCUUAUGACCUUGCAUUCUACUUCAGUGGAUCGUGUGUGUUGCUGGGAGGAAUCAGCCUCCUCCUCUCUGCUUUGCCUUGCUGGAACAAGAACAAGAAAGAAAACACCAGGGCUGACACUGAAUACACAAGCAACUGUGACAAAAUUGCCUCUGUAGCAUAAACAACGGCCUUCAUCUGCACUAAGAGGUAUUUGGCAGCAUUUCCCAUGUGUGAUGUUAACAACCACUGAAUAUGUAUUUUCCCCCCUUGCGAAAUGAGCUGUUUGGUGGGGAAAUAUGGUGCAUUAAAUUUUGCCUUCAAAGUUUCAUGCAUUUUGAGGCAACAGUUGAAAUGGAGUAGCCUUUUUUAAACUUGAAUGCAUUUCAGUUGAUACUGUUGACUGCUUCAUUAUAAGGCAUUAUCUUUCCUCUGUGUCUCUAAGCUGUAUUGAUAUGGCCUUGUUUUAAGAGGCUUUAGUACAGUGGUGUUUUUACACGUUUGAAAUACUGGAUUAUGUUUACUGUAAGAAUGCUGUUCAUUGUAUGAUUCUUACUCUACGUGUUGCUCAUGGAAAUGGCCUUCAAUUCUUUUAAUGUGGCUCAGUCAACGUUCGGAGAAAAACUGGUGUAGGUUUCUACAAUGAAACACCCUGCAUAAAUAUUCUAUAGAGACUGUUGAAAUGAACUACUUAGAGUAUUGAAUUGUGUUACCAUGCAAUUCCAAUUUCUUGAAUUCUUUUCACACACGUGUAUGUGAAUUUCAGGGAUUGGAAUAAAACAGGGAAUGCACUUUAAUGAACUCUGUACAACCGCACAAGAUUUUUUUUUCUAGAUUUUUUAAAAGAACAUUUUGGACUCAACUCAGUGUAAUAAACCAAAGCCCAAAGUCUGGGGGUCCUCACUGCUGGCUUUCAGCAUGCAACUGUAGCCUAAUGAAUAAAAGUGCCUUGCUUUCUGAACAAGUAGGCGCUGAAGCCGGGAUUCUCUCGCACGCUUACUAUCCAAAUGUCAGUAUGAACCAGCGACACUCCUCACAUUUAAUUAAAGCACAGCUUUUUGAAAAAAGUUCGACCAAUACAGGAUGUCAGAAGAGAAAUUAUUCAAAAAUACAGUCCAGUUUGUCAUUUGGCCGUCGGCUGUUAAUACUGUUUUUCAUGAGGCUGGUCCUAGUUCUGUGACUUGCAAGCAAUAGCCACUUACAUAUGUACAGCAGCUGUAUUUUGAAGACUUGUAGUCACAUUUGCCUACUCAUCAAGAACUCAUAGCUAGUGAGUUGAUUUUUUGUGAGGUUUGGUUUUGAAACAACAGUCAUAAAAGAUACUAGCCUUU